AGGGUAAUGAAAUUUCGGCCUAGGACAAAACAACAAAACUACACAUCCCAGAAACACUAAACUUGGCAGCACAAGCCGUCAUCCAUGCCUCUACGUUCAUACAACAAAAAGAAAACAAAAAUAAAGUCCUAAUUAGAAGGAGAGGAAGAAUUGUUUUUAUCCGAUUGCUGCCAGUUAGAAGGCUAAGCUCUGCCUUCUUGGUCUCCUAGCAACCCACUCAGCCCAGGGGACAGCCAGAAGUUCGAAAACAUGCAAAUGUGAGUAGAUCAAUAGGUACUGCUCCGGUGGGAAGGUAACGGCGCUCCAUGCAGUCAUGCCACAUGACCUUGGAGAUGUCUACGGACAACGCCAGCUCUUCAGAAAUGGAGAUGAGCACCAACCCCCAGAGUCAGACAGGACUGGACUUAAUGUCAGGGGAAAACCUUUACCCUUUACCUUAACUACCACCAAUUCCUCAAUACUUUAUUUCCCAUACCACCAUACUUCGCCACAGCAACGCGUGGCCGGGCACAGCUAGUGUUUUAUAGUUUCUUUAUUGAUGGCUCUGCUUCAGGUAUUCUUAAACUCACAGCAACCCAGUGAUUCCGGCAAUGAAAGCCUUUGACAACACAGGGAUUUACAUGUUUUUUUUGGGGGGGGAGGGGGGAUUCAAAUGAUUUCUAGCACAAUAAGCUGUAUACAUUUGGGGCGGAAGGCAUACUGCAUGACAGGCAAGUAAAUAGAAAUGGGCAGCUUUUUUCCAAAAGGUACCAAAUCCAUCUGAAUAAAUUUUACAGGAAUCGAGGGGGAGGAAAAUAUGCUGGGUAUAUGCAUUCUUUUGCUAUGAAAUACAAUUUUCUAAGCCCUGUACCAAAGUGAUUGGAUACAUUUGGAUAGAUUUGAUCUGCGCAUAAUGCUGUAUUCUACUCUUAGCUGGCAAUGGGCUGCCUUUGGAAAUGAAAACAGCCACAAAUGACACGCCGCCAAGAUGCUUCGUUUCCAGAAUUUCCAGAAUUCGGUUUCGAAACCUAUUGCUAGAGGCGCGCCCACUGCCCACGGAUACUUCCCUGACUGAUUUGCGUAUUUUGCAAUGCUAUUUAUUAGGAAUACUCACUUUAGCUUUACAAUGUUAUGAUUUUAACCAAUGUAUACCUGGGCAGCGCCAGGGACUUAAGCUAGUUGAGUACUAAAGUUGGAGGUGUCCAUGCCAUUAUCCAUCCCAUUUUCUCUGGAGCAACAUACUGCAUAAUAUUUGCUUACAUUUAUAUGUUGUAUCACUUGAGCUGCCACCUACAAUUGAGCAAACUAACUUGUGCAACUUAAUAUUGUAAUAAAUUGCCAAACUCCUCUCUCUGGUUCAUGCCUCCUGCCUGAAUAUAUUUUCACUCUGGCUUCAUUGGGGAAAGACACAGCCCUUUUCUUUCCCCUUCUUGUGAAUGGCUUGCCUUGCUUUCGAUAUGAACAGUGUUUGUUUGUUUUCUCCCUUUUGCAGAGCCACUCAAUAUUCAUGCAUGCUGCUUAGCUAUUUGUUAGAACAAAAGCCUCGCCAAGAGCAAGUGGUCGUGAAGCUCAAGCGCCUGGAGUCUAACGUGAGCUCAGGCCGCAAGUAUCAUCCCACUUGGUUUCCAUUCUGAUGGUUCAUGAUGGCAGCCAAAAACAAGAAAGUCAUGCAGAAUGGAAACCCCAAGGAAAAUAAUGCAUUUCAAAGGAUCUUGCACCUCCCAGUGGUGAACUCUGCUUGCAACAGCCUUCAGAAGACAUAUGCCACUACCAAAGAAGCUCACCCACUGGUGGGAUCACUAUGCGCGGCCUAUGAACGAAGCCUCCAGAGUGCCAGCUCUCUGGCUGCAUGGAGUGUGAGGCCUGUGGUAUGGAAGCUAGAACCCCACUUUGCAGCGGCAAAUACUUUGGCUUGUCAAGGUCUGGAUCACUUGGAGCAGACGAUUCCUGCCCUCCAGAAGCCUGUGGAGGAAGUCACUUCUGCACUAAAGGAGUCCAUCAUAAUUCAAGUUCACACUGUUGUGGACAUCUUGAAGAAAGCCAUGGGCCUGGCCACUGAAAGCUAUGAGUGGCCAAAGAACAGUGUGAAGGCCCCAAUGGUAUAUGCAAGGAGCAGCCGUGUGAGUCACAUAGUCGAAGCUGGAGGAAAAGGAAUAACUGGAAAACGGGAGAAGCUGGUGGAUGUCUUUCCAAAAGAAGAAAACCCAUCAGCUUAUGUGCCUCCAAGGACAUCUGUGUCAAAGGAGAUCUCUCCCACCACUGCUUUUCGGAAAGUAACAACCCUCGCUACUUCCAUUUCCCAGCAUGUCUACAAACAGACAGUCCAAGUGAUCCAACUUGUGAAAGCCAAAGGAGAAGAACUGGCUGUAUGGAUCCCAGCUCUGACAUCAAAGAGAGCUGACCUACAGGGUAUGCUGGGACGUCUGGCUCACAACCUGCAUACAGCGUAUCUCUCCAGCAUCUUGCUUGUAAAGAAUGCCCCCUUCAUUGCCUGGAGCACAGCUGGCCAGCUUCUCCAUGUCUCAACACACAAGGCUGUGUCUGAGGCAGGCGCAAAAGCGGGCAUCUUGCAGGGGAUUGCAAGCAAGCUCCUGGGAACCAUCAUCCACUAUAUACCUUUACCAGAAGUUUUGGAGUCGGAAGAGGAAGCUGCAACUGGAGAUCAGACUGAGUCAAUUUUGGAAGAUGAAGAUGUUCGACUGAUCAUUGCUCGCCAGCUACAAGACCGGAGACGAUCCAGCAGAGGUCACUAUCCCAUUCCCUUCCUCAACCUGGAUGAUCCCCUCCCUCCUCAGCAAGCCCCCUCCCAACGCCAACGAGGCCCAGUCUCCGAAGCAGAGCAUUUUGGAUCCCGCAAAUCUGCUGGCACUCGGAGAUGGAGCGAAGGCCUGUUCCGGCCCCCACCAGAAGCGAUAUUCACCAGGGCUCAUAGCAUUGCCCUGAAGAAAGACUGAGCCAACAAAGACAACAAACCCACCACUUCAUCUACUACUUUGGGUCAAAGGAGACAUGAA